UGGUUUCGCUUUUUUUUUUUUUUUUUUUUUUUUUUAAGUAUAUUGGCAGGCCUAAUAGAAGAUAUUACCACUUCCCACGCAUCUUCCCUAAUUUUUCCUCUGAGGCCAUUAUAGCUAUUUUCUCGCUGCGAUAUAAAUUGUUGAGUAGUGCUUGAUCAGUGGGAAAAGCAGGUUAGAUUUUUUUUUUUAUAUAGCAAAAACGUCAGCUUUUGUUUUUGAAGUUGCUGGUUACAGGACAACUCCCCUCAGAGUUGUGUGUUUUCUUAGAAGCUAUUCUAAAAAACUUGGGGUUUUAAGACGUUGGCAGUUGCUUAGCAAAGCUCAAUAGCGUGUAUCAACUGAACUACUUCAGCAGGAAACGCAGAAAGAUUAAAAAAUGAGUUAUGGAAACUCUCCUAUCUUCUAGUUUGCCCUCUUGUGCUGGAGCAAUGUCAGCUCUGCAUUCACCACUGCAAACAGGGGCACUGAAUCCUGUGUGCUACAUCCAACCUACCCUCUGUAAGCUCACAAAGCUUUUUGGUUUUACACCUCAAAAGCUUUAUAUUGGUUUUGUUUUCCUCCUGGAAUAAAUGUUAAAGCAGUCCUGUCUGCUGGUGAAGAUUUGCUUUGGGGAAAUCAGCAAUGAGAUACAAAGGUAUGUCUCCUCAGAUCACAGAUUCAAGUUGCAUCUGGCUCAGGAGAUAUGUGGCCUCACGAUUUGGUUGCUUAUUCAUAAUGACUGGUGUGUGGGAGCAGAGGGGGGAGAGAACAGACAUUUCCAUCCUCUUCUGCAGCAGUUGGUUUCAGUUUCACUGUUGUGCGGGCAUAUACCUUAACAGAGAGGUUAACCACGGGUAUUUUGAUUGCUUAGAUUUACUCUGGUGUGAUCUUUCUAGAGCCAUUCUGACCUGCCUGCUGUCUUGUAUGAAACCAGAGAGCUUCAGUUGCUGGGGCUGCUAGACUACUGCUUCAAGCUAAACUCAUCUAUAUGUUUGUGCUUGAGCUUUUUUUAGGAGUGUGUGUGCACAAACGUUUUUGCAGAUGGGAAACCCGAGCUUGAGAAAUUGAAACAGUUUGGCAGUAAUCAUUCUGUACCAGGUUUGAGCUCUGCCCGUGGGCCACGCUGUUGUCAAAAUCCGUACCCCAAAACCAACUUAAAUGGAAACAAAAGUCAAAAGAGUGGGCAGCUGUUGCAUCUGUAGCCCGUGCAUGUCUGCAAGCACUGCAGUUUGUCUUCAUUCACUGUGCCAGAGUAUGUUGUGUGAAAAAUACAGUGCCCAACCUGUAACACUUCAGAAAGUCUCUGGGUAGUUUGAGGUCAGUGUUGCCUACAAGUGUCAUAUUUCUUUACAGGCUGACAGUCCCUGCACUCUUCUGGUUUAGACGUGACCCACAGGCUUUUUGACAGGCAGGCUGUGCUAUCAAAAGGAGAGUAAAGCUCACCACGUCCAAUGGUGAAUAGUACCAUCUGUAGUAACUAAACGUGUAGAUGAGAAGCUAGGUACGCAGGGAACUGGUAUUCGUUGCUAAGAGUUUGCAGCUCUUGAAAACCAGUAUAGCCUUAUCAAACCAGAUUGGCCUGUUGCCUUUCAGGUGGAGGGAAUUAAGCUAGAUUCAAAACUAAUGGGAGUUUAGACACGAAAAGAUGUUUUCCUUGGCUUGCCUAUCAGAAAUCAAGGAAACACCAAAGUAGACGUUUGAAGUCUGAGAAGAUGCUGCCUGAGCUGUGGGCUCAGAGCUGGUUUUCAAAUGCGUGGUAUUCCCACUGUGCUUAUUCACAUUAGUGUUACCCAUAAACAGCAAUUCUAGCUAUCCUGAUUGUUUUAGGAUUAAAACUGCUCUAGGGUUGGUUUGUUUAGUUUCAACUCCCCGCUUCUGGAAGGUUGUGCUGUGGAGACUGCCAUGCCCAUAUACCAAGCACAUUAAAUAACAGAUGUUUGUUUGUUUUUUUUUUUUUUUUUCCUGUUGCCUAGAUGAGACUAAUAUUGUAAGGAACUGUUUAUUGCCAUAAAACGACUUAAUUUGUGGCCCACCAGAGUAGCAGCCUGACAUGUGAAGCUUUUUACUUCGUUCUAAUUGUUCAUUACGUUUUAUGAUGUUUGGUGGCUGGAAAAACAGUUUACUGAUGCUCAUUAUUAUAAUCAAGGAUUGUAAGGAUUUAUGAGCCAACACCAGAAAAAAUAAACUUGUAUGAAAUUAUCAAUCGCUUUAAAUUGACCUUUUUUUUUUCCUGUCUUGAGGAAAGAUGGCCACAGCUGUAUGAAAUAUGUCAGCUGACUAGCUCUUCGCCACAUGAGAAAGUUCUGGUUCCAGUAAUGGCUUUAGCGAUCCUCAUUUUAAUUCGCCAGAAGGGCAACCUGUAUCAUCAGAGAAAACCUCCCUCUCCUGCUUGCUUUUUUUUUUUAUAAAUUUAGUAACCCACUUUGUUGUUUUGCAAGGUGCUGUGAAAUUUAGGAAGCUGGGAUUAUUUCUUUACUAUUUAGAGAUUUUAAAACUAGCUUUUUAUUUACAGCGUUAGUUUUAGGACUAGUAAAACCUUGCCAGAAGACUGGAUUUGUUAGCUAGGAAAAAGCAAUCAGAGCGGGUUGAUUCAGGAACAGCAAAAGCAGUGAAACUCAGCUUUGUUGGGGUACAGAUGUAGGCCUGGGGUUUCCUGCGGAUUCCUGCUGAAACUCUGCAGGCAUUUGUAGCUCUGCUGUGUGGACCCUUGGUCUCCAGUGAAGAAUGAGCCUGUGAUGCUGUUUUUCCCUUAGUUGGGGUACUUGCAAGCAGGGGAUGGGGCCCUGGUUGAAAAAACUAGGGUUUUGUGAUGGUUAUUCUUCUGUCAAAUCGGAUUGAAAUGGAGUGGGAUUGCCAUUUACUGUCUGUCUAGUUUUAGUGAUGCUUAAAAGUGGUAGCUGUGGGACAUCCUGAAAUCUUGUUACAUUCAUGCUGAGAGUACUUAGCAGAAUCCUGAACAGCAGCAGAGACAUCCUGAGCCUUCAGAGAAGUAGCUUUGAAGAUGACAGCAGUUAGUGUGAAGAAUAUGGGGCAUAUUCUGAUUUUGUACGCUGAAUGCUAAAAGCUGCAUUGAGAUCAUAUCUCUCUUUAUGGGCUGAACUCUUCAACUUUCCAAGCGACGGCGAUGUCAGUGGAUUGCCUGGGACAGCGUGCAGUACUCUCAGGCCGCCGUUUCCUCUACAUAGUCAACCUGGAUGCACCAAAUGAGGGUCAUCGAAAGAUCUCCCGACAGAGCAAGUGGGACAUUGGGGCAGUGCAGUGGAACCCGCAUGACAGCUAUGCAUACUACUUUGCAGCUUCGAGCAAUCAGCGGGUUGACCUGUAUAAAUGGAAGGAAGGUAAUGGUGAAGUUUGCACAUCACUGCAGGGACACACACGUGUGAUCAGUGACUUAGACUGGGCGGUGUUUGAGCCAGACCUGCUGGUCACCAGUUCUGUGGACACAUACAUCUACAUCUGGGACAUCAAAGACACCAGGAAGCCUACGGUCUCCCUCUCUGCAGUCGCUGGAGCUUCCCAGGUGAAAUGGAACAAGAAAAAUGCCAACUGUUUAGCAACAAGCCACGAUGGGGAUGUUCGAAUAUGGGACAAAAGGAAACCCAGCACUGCAGUAGAGUACUUGGCAGCUCAUCUUUCUAAAAUCCACGGUCUGGAUUGGCACCCUGACAAUGAGUAUACGCUGGCCACUUCCAGCCAGGACAACUCUGUCAGGUUCUGGGAUUACCGUCAGCCUCGGAAAUACCUGAAUAUCCUUCCCUGCCAGGUUCCCGUCUGGAAGGCAAGAUACACACCUUUCAGCAAUGGGCUGGUGACAGUGAUGGUCCCCCAACUCCGUCGGGAGAACAGUCUCCUCCUGUGGAAUGUCUUUGACUUGAACACGCCUGUCCACACUUUUGUGGGACAUGAUGACGUGGUGCUGGAGUUUCAGUGGAGGAAGCAGAAAGAAGGUUCUAAAGACUACCAGCUGGUUACGUGGUCCCGCGAUCAGACUCUGCGAAUGUGGCGGAUUGACUCUCAGCUGCAGAGGCUGUGUGCUAACGAUAUCCUGGACGGAGUCGAGGACCUCAUCGAUGGGAUUUCUCAUCUGCCAGAGACAGACAAGACCCUUCACCCCCAGGACUCGGAGCCCCAGCAUAACUCUGGACAUGGGGAUGAGGAAGCCUUAAAAGAAGAUUUCCUGAAUGACCCCCUGGUGGGAAAGAAAACGGACCAACUGGGGCUGCCUCAAACACUGCAGCAGGAGUUUUCACUGAUCAACGUGCAGAUCCGAAACGUCAAUGUGGAGAUGGAUGCGGUGAGUCGUAGCUGUACGGUGUCAGUGCACUGCGGCAACCACAGAGUCAGGAUGCUGGUGAUGUUCCCUGUCCAGUAUCCCAAUAACGCUGCACCGUCCUUCCAGUUCAUCAACCCAACCUCGAUCACUGCCUCCAUGAAGGCAAAGCUGCUGAAGAUAUUGAAAGACACUUCUCUGCAGAAAGUGAAGCGGAACCAGAGCUGCCUGGAGCCCUGCCUGCGUCAGCUCGUCUCCUGGCUGGAGUCUGUUGUGAACCAAGAGGACAGCACGUCCAGCAAUCCCUACGCUUUGUCAAACUCCGUAACGCCCCCCUUGCCCACGUUCGCCCGGGUCUCCAAUGCCUAUGGCUCCUACCAGGACUCUAACAUCCCAUUUCCACGGACCUCUGGAGCCAGGUUCUGUGGUGCAGGGUACCUGGUGUAUUUCACGAGGCCCAUGACCAUGCAUCGUGCGGUGUCCCCGACAGAGCCCACACCCAGGUCCCUGUCAGCUUUAUCAGCGUACCAUAGUGGCCUCAUUACUCCAAUGAAGAUCCGCACGGAGACUCCAGGCAAUCUGCGCUUGUACAGUGGGAGUCCGACGCGCAGCGAGAAGGAGCAGGUCUCCAUUAGCUCCUUCUACUACAAAGAGAGGAUGUCUCCUCGCUCUGCCCGGCGACGUUGGUCCAUACAAGCAAUUAACGACUUCCCGAAAUCAAGGCGAUGGAAAAGCAAACGAGAAGGGACAGAUGCCAACAACCGACCCAUCAAAGCCGCAGGGAAAGUUAUUAUCCAAGAUAUUUCCUGCUUGCUGCCUGUCCACAAGCUGCUGGGAGAGCUCUACAUACUGAAUGUGAAUAAUAUCCAGGAGACUUGCCAGAAGAAUGCUGCCUCAGCCUUGGCUGUGGGACGGAGGGAUCUCGUACAGGUUUGGUCACUGGCCAUGGUAGCUACCGAUCUCUGUCUUGGACCAAAGUCUGACCCAGAUUUGGAGAUACCGUGGGCACAACAUCCAUUUGGACGUCAAUUACUGGAGUCCUUGCUGGCUCAUUACUCUCAGCUCCACGACGUGCAGACCCUGGCCAUGCUGUGCAGUGUGUUCGAAGCCCAGUCCAGGUUACAGGGGUGCCCAAACUCCUACAGCCCCUUUCCUCAGCGUGCCUCCAACGUGGCCUCCCACAGCCGAUACCCCAGCUUUACUUCCUCUGGCUCCUGUUCCAGCAUGUCAGAUCCUGGACUUGGCACUGGAGGCUGGAGCAUAGCCAACAAAGACACGGAGCAGGCCUCCACCCCCUGGUGCGAGUCUUCUCCGGAUGACUACCGCUACGGGAACCUGAUGUAUCCCGAUCAUCGGGAGCGUGAGAAAGACCAGCAUGAGAAAAACAAAAGGCUCCUGGAUCCUGCCAACACUCAGCAGUUUGAUGACUUUAAGAAGUGCUAUGGAGAAAUCCUUUAUCGCUGGGGCCUGCGAGAGAAGCGGGCCGAGGUUCUGAAGUUUGUCUCCUGUCCUCCCGAUCCCCACAAAGGAAUUGAGUUCGGCGUGUACUGCAGCCACUGCCGCAGCGAGGUGCGCGGCACCCAGUGUGCCAUCUGCAAGGGCUUCACCUUCCAGUGUGCCAUCUGCCACGUGGCAGUGCGGGGCUCCUCCAAUUUCUGCCUGACGUGCGGACACGGAGGCCACACCAGCCAUAUGAUGGAGUGGUUUCGCACCCAGGAGGUGUGUCCCACGGGCUGUGGGUGCCACUGCCUGCUCGAGAGCACCUUCUGAGCGGUCCUGGCAGCGGGGCCCCCCGCUGAACCGGAUUUAAUCCCGAAUUCCCAAGCCACGUUGAAUCAGCUCUGCUCCGCGGUGGCUGGAGGAGGUGCCACGGGGAGCCGAAGCAGGAUGGCCUGGCGGUGCGCUGCAGCGAGGUUUACAAGUGCUUCCAGUACUCCCACGCUUCCCAGGUUGCUUUCACAGUGAUUUGACCAAACGCCCUGUGUCCAUUGCUGGCGAUGGAUGCCGGAGCAGAAAAAUUGCUCUCUCCUGCAGAAGAGGGGUGUGAAUAUUGGCCGGUCUCCGUUGGGACGAGGUGGCGUUAAAAAGCUCCUUUGGAAAGGGUUCAGCCUGGCAGAGCCAAACCCGCUCCGGCUGCGUAGUGUCUUUCCAGGUGCCUCCUUCCAGGGGCUCAAAGUGAACAAAAUAGUUGUCUUUGCGCCGUUAAAGCAGAACUAAUUUGCAAGCAACUGUGAGCUCUAAAGGGGAACUGUGAACUGGGCUCGAAGAGCAAGUGCUCCAUGGGACUGUGCUCAGAGUUACUUUUGGAAGCACCGGGGUCCUUGUUUUGAACGGCUGUUUACGUUGUUUAGAUUACCCCACAAAGCAAAAGGAUGAAACUACAUUUUUUUUUUUUAGGGUUGCUUCCUACCCGCUGGUCAGUACAGCAAAGCCCAGCCGGGCACCCAGGGUCACCAGGAUGAGUUGCUUUUUUCCAGCAGUUUCAGUACCGUUCCGCCAAAGGUGUCUCCACCUCCUGCUCUGCCCGGGUGCUAUAAUGCACUUUAAUUUGCCUGUCCCUGCCUUGUCAGUGACACGUCCUGGUGACCGGGAAAGGCAUCUGCCGUUUGAGUUUGGAAUCCACCCCGUGUUUCCGUGGAUGGUGGCACCUGAGGGUGUUUCAGAAAGCCUUGGCUUCCUUACUGGGAAAACACAAGGAGGACGUUUGCUCUGUGCAACUCCCUUCGGCUGUUUUCUCCAGGCCCUAUGGAGAAUUAUCAUGAAUAAUUUGAGGUUUGCUGCCAGUGUGCUUGAGUGAUGAGGCUCCCGAGCCAGAGAGACAGCAGUUUCAAGGGGAAAAGGGGUUGGUGGGGUUUGGGGUUGUUGGGUUUUUUUUUUGUAAAGGUGGUGGGAUUCACGGAGGCAAAAGGUUUGUGCCUUUUCUCCCUGUGGAGCUUUGGUUGGAGACGGAGCCGCGUCAGCCCGAGGUUUGGAUUUGGGCAAAAGUGUGGUCAGGGAUGAGCCCUCCCCACUCCCAACCUCUGUGCUAACUCAGGCUGUGUGAUCCGCCGUGGAAUAAACCAGAUGGUGUACCUGAAACAUUAAAAUUAUUUUUUUAAGUGC